GAGCAUUAGCGUUGCUUAUUAAUAUCGCUUCUAAUUACGCGACCUAUCAAACCCGUUUCUCCUUGCUGAUACCUUCUCUUUCAUGGUCGAUUCACACCGCUCGCAGAGAGGUAAAAUUGCUGUUUUUUUAUUAUCUAAGAGGUAAAAUUGCUGUUAUUUAUUUAUUUAUUUAUUUAUUUAUUUAUUUAUUUAUUUAUUUAUUUAUUUAUUUAUUUAUUUAUUUAUUUAUUUAUUUAUUUAUUUAUUUAUUUAUUUAUUUAUUUAUUUAUUUAUUCAUUCAUUCAUUCAUUCAUUCAUUCAUUCAUUCAUUCAUUCAUUCAUUCAUUCAUUCAUUCAUUCAUUCAUUCAUUCAUUCAUUCAUUUAUUUAUUUAUUUAUUUAUUUAUUUAUUUAUUUAUUUAUUUAUUUAUUUAUUUAUUUUUGCUUAACCGUCGCACAUCUCUCUCUCUUUCGUUUCUCUUGAACCUCAUAAAGAAAUUCAAGCGAACAAGAAACAAUGAAGAAUGCGGAGGUCUACCGCUUAAGAUCGAGAACAAUAUACGCAUCUAAAAGCAGGCAAUACAUCUCACGCACAUGCAUGGUAUAAAUGGUACUACCUCCGUCCCAACAGAGGGUGACACGGUUAUCAAGAAAUACCUUCCCAAACAAAAAGGCCUGGUAGAUCUGGUCGGAGGAGGAAAGACUCAGAGCCUAAGAGGCAACCUGUCAACUACCCUGAAGGUCUUGGUCCGCCGCCUCUUGAGCCGACUCCAAAGCAACUAGAAGCCAUGAAGGCGAUGAACCGGAGGUUUGCUGAGCUAGGACUUGAACACUUCAAUAACAGCAACCUUGUCUAUGUCGGGGAUUGUGUUCCAUCCUAUGAGCUGGUGGAAACAAGGGAAUGCACCUCAUUCAUGAGACGCAUGACAUCAAUUCUGAUGGUCCAUGCCAACUUUACUGCCAAGGCCGUGAACUCAAAUGGACCCAUCAUGCUCUUCUUUACUGAACUCUCAUGUUCAUGUCCAUCAAAGAAACCUUUUGUAGCAUCUAACAUUGCUGUUCACAGCUGCCACUUGCUUGGCCGUGAUGGUGAAGUUAAUACAAGUUCUAAUGGUUGUCUUGCCUGUCACCACCGGCCAAGUCUUCAUCACUCUCAUGAUAAAGACUUUCAUGUUGGUCGUCUGAUUCAAUACCAAUAAUAAGCCCAUUAUUGAUUAGUGUAUGGUGGCUGCUGCUAUUACUCAGUAGGCGCUUUUCGCCUUAACUAUGUCACUGCUCAGUUAUCAUCAUGUACUCGAAUUAUUUUAAAACCGUUCAGCAUGUACUUGUGACCUAUUUGUGGUUCAUUGAAGCCUCUAUCUAUUGUGCUAAAUGCAGUAUGUUCCUG